AUGGUAUGGCAUAAUAAAAAUCAUAACAAUAGACAGUUUGUUGUAAAUGGAAAUGACUGUCUUCGAUUGCCAACAGUUAAAACGAUAUCCAUCUUUAGAAGAACUCUUGCACUUUUGAUAGUUACUUUAUUGGAAAUAAGUAGCUGGGCUUUUUUAUUUGCCUGGAGGCUUGAAAGUGCUAUUCUUGAAAGAUCAAAAUUACCGCAGCCUAUAUUUAAUUUUAAUAACAGUAAUAAUAAAGUUCCUCUUUAUCAAAUAGUAGAUCCAAGUCUUACCUUUAUUCCUCGAAUUUAUAUAUUGAUUCUUAUUAUCAAAACUUUUACAGCACCAGAAAAUCCUCUUGAUCCAUCUACAUUUACUAAAUAUAGUUACCAUUUCCUGGUAUUUUAUUCACUUAUCUUUGUAUCAGCUAUCGUUCGUGCGUUUGAUUGUUAUUUGACAAACAGUUAUUCGCCUGACUCUUUUACUGUCGAGAAAUUAUUUACAUUUGUAGACCUACUUUUGUGUUUUAUUUUGUGGUUUAUUAUUAUAUCUUCACCUUCUGAAAUAGAUCACAGAGAACUGGUUGAUUUUGAGGAUGAUGAUCAUAGUGUGCUUGUACUUUAUGAUGGAAGAGUUGUAAGAAAUGGUCGUAUAUUAAGCUUAGAAUCUUCUGCUUCUCCACUCUCUUCAAUUACAUUUAGUUGGAUAAAGCCUCUCUUAAAAUCAGCAGUCAAAUGUAAGUUAAUGGAAACCUCUUUAUGGGCUUUACCUUUGCGUCAAAGAGCUAGAGAGAAUUUUGAAUUAUUCACAAAAACAAAGGAAUGUUAUACAACUAAGAUUACAGCUCUAAACCUCACACGACGUAUCUAUUUGGCUAAUCGAAAAAUUAUAUUUUUCCAGUUUGUAACAGCUACUGGCGCUGUCGUUUUUCAUUAUGCAAAUCCUAUCUUCUUAAGAAAGCUUUUAAACUUUAUUCAGAUUUAUCAUGAUCAUCAUCAUCAACACCAACAAUCAGAUGAUAAUUAUAACACAAGCUUGGAAAAGAAGACAGGCUACGUAUACUGUCUUACACUCUUUAUAUGUAAUGUUGCAAGUAUUCUGAUUGCCUCUCAAACUCUUUUAUGGGGAAGACGAUGGCAUAUAUCUUUGACUCAUAUGCUAAAUUCUGAAAUUUAUGUACAUGCUCUUCGCUUAAAAAAGGGCUAUGAAACUACUACAAGCUUCUGCAAUAAUGCAAUACCUGAGAAUGACGAAAAUGGGGAUAGCUCUGAUGAAUUAGCUAGUCUAAUAAAUCAGGACACACAAAGAUUAGCUGAAUUAGCUUCUUAUCUUCAUGUAAGAAUUAUAUUCUUAUACAAUAUAUUAGGAAAUUCAUUUCUAGCCGGUUUAGUCGUUAUGGUAGUGUCAUUACCUUUAACUCAUUAUAUAAAUCGACGUAUUAUGGUAGCCCAAUCUUGUUUAACAGAUGCAAAAUCAUGGAGAUUAAAGUUAUUGUAUGGAUUAUGUGAAGGGAUGAGAACAAUAAAAUUUUUAGCUUUAGAGAGACGUUGGGAACAAGCAAUUAUGAAUGCUAGAGGCAAUGAAAUAGUAAACCUAAUUAAAUUAUACACACAAGAUACUAUUUUAAGUUUGAUAUGGUUAGCUACUCCUGUGUUUAUAACAGUUGUUUCUUUUAUUUGGUAUACAAUGGUAGAAAAAAAAUCUCUUGAUGCUAGCCUUGAUAAUAUAGCAAGAUUUUUAAAUAUGCAAAAUAACGUAUAUGACGAAAAAAAUAUAAUUUUACAACAGCAACCGUACAAUGAGCAAGUUAAGAUUGGGUUUUUACCAGCAUUAUCCAUAUUUGAAUGGGGUAAUGAUAAAGAAAGUAGAGCAUCUUUCAGGUUAUUUAUACCUUCAAUACAGUUCCCACCUGGUAAACUUUCCGUGAUUUCUGGUACCUCUAAAAGUGGGAAAACAAGUUUAUUAUCUGCAUUGUUUAAUGAGAUGCAUAUGAUAGCAGGUGAACAACUUCCUGUUUUACCUUCUCGAUUUCUAGCAUUCCAAGGGCGAAACCAGAGCCUUGCUCGUAAUGGAGCAUACUAUCUACAUAAAGUGGCGUAUGUUGCGCAAACUGCAUGGGUUACAAAUGGUACUUUACGUGAAAACAUCUUAUUUACAGAGCCUUGGGAUGAUACAAGAUAUAGAACUGUACUCUAUCAAUGUGAUCUUGUACGUGAUUUAUCAUUAUUUAGUAAUGGAGAUUUAACAUUAACAAGAGAUAAAGGUAUUUCUACAUCAGUAUAUAUACAGAAUAAAAUAUCAUUAGCUCGUGCAGUCUAUUCUAAAGCACAGACAGUUAUCAUUGAUGAUAUAUUUGUCACAUUUGGCAGGUUAACCUCAACGUUUAUCUAUGAGAAUUGUAUUCGAGGUGAAUUAAUGAAAGGUCGAACAAUAAUUGUCUCGACUACAUAUCCAGACAUGUUUUGGGCUCGUGACGCUCAGCUAUUUAUUUAUAUGGCAUCACCAAAUAAAUACGAAGGACGAGUUGAAACAAUUGAAACAGAUCCAGAAAAAAUUGUAGAUUUUAUUAAAAAAAGAAGAGCUGAGCAAAGUGAUCAAAAGAUACUGCCUGAAUACAACUCUAUACCAAUACUAAACAACAUUCAUAUUCCAAUAGAUGAAGUUAACUCCCUCUUUGAAAAUAUGAGUGUGGAUGGUCUUAAUGGUUCUUCUGCAUUAGAGGAGGAUGAAUUUGUUGAUGGAGUAUCCAAUAUGCCAGAGUCAUUAGAGGAUGAGGAAGAGAAAGAGAAAGACGAAGCAUGUAGGCGGGCAAGAGAUUAUGCUUAUGCAACUUACUAUUCUGUAUGUGGAGGUUGGAAAUAUUGGAUAACAGCUAUUUUAUUUACAUUACUUCCAAGACUGAUAUACAUUCUAGAAAAUUUUUGGUUAAAGGAAGGUACUUGA